UCUUCCUCCUCCCAUCCCUGGCCAACAUCCAGGCUCUUUUCCUCCUUUCCACUCUCCUUCUGCUCUCCAGGCAAGCUUCCACAGGAUCUCCCAGCACGCCCGAGCAGAGUAGGGAGAGGGCUCUUCUGACCUUGCUUGCACCCAGCUCCAGAGGAAUGCUCCCACUUCUGUCCCUUUUCAGCUGGGUGAUCUGUUGCCAGGGAGCCAUGGAAGGUUCGCAGAGCUUCCUCAUGCUCCAGAUCUCUCAUUUCUGGGACCCAUUCUCAGUACAGUUUUGGGGCAACGCCUCUCUUGAGGGGUGGACCACUCACACUCUGGAGGGGAGUGGCCACAACAUCACCAUCCAGCAGCUGAAGCCUCUGGAGUCCCCUGAGCGCUGGAAGCAAACUAAGGAGCACCUGCUCAAGUACCUUGAUAAUUUCCAAGUCUUAGUACAGUUGGUGAACAAGGAGCGGGGAGUGGCCUUCCCACUGACCCUGCGCUGCUUUUUGGGCUGUGAGUUACCCCCUGAUGGCCAAGAUGCCCAUGUCUUCUUUGAAGUGGCCCUGAACGGGAGCUCCUUUGUGAGCUUCCAGCCAGAGAAGGUCCUGUGGUCAGCAAGCCCAGACCAGAGCCACCCCCCAGAGCUAUACAACUUUGCCCUGAAGCAGCUAAAUGGCUAUAACCAAACCAGGUUCGAGCUUCUGGAAUUCUUACAGGACACAUGUGUGAACUUCCUGAAGCAGCACAUGAACAGAGUCUCAAAGUCAGCAUCCCGGGAUUCCCGAUCCUACACAAUGCUGAUUCUGGGCAUCAUCAUGGGUGUGUUCACCAUCUCCAGUGUAGCUGUUGGCAUCUUCCUGUGCACAGGGGGAAGGUGGAGCUAAUCUAACCCCUUGCUACAAAAGCAGAGCUGAUUAUCCCAGCCCAGAAAACCAUGUGAAACUGAGGCUUUAUGGAUCCAAGAGGGAGUGGUGGAUGUUGCCUUCUUGGGGAUGUUGGGGAGCAAGGGGAUGUUACCCCUUGCUCUCCCACCAGGGAUUUUGGCCUCAGGAGCUCUGUAGAUGCUUCAGUUGGGGUUCUCACCCUAAGAGAGAUGUAGUACCAUGGAUGCAUCCAAGGAUAACAACAUGAAAACAGACCCCAAAACUGAUAAAUAGUAGGAAUCCUGCGGGUGUCCACUCUAAGCACAGUAGGGUCAUCACAUUUAGAGCUUGAGCAAACUUAGAGAUCACCUAGUCCUCAUUUUACACAUGAGGAAACUGAGGUCCUGAGAGGUUUAAGAAAUGUGCCCAAGCUCAGAAAGACAGUAGAUAGCAGAUAAGUGGGGUUCCAAACUUGAUGUUCUUUUUGAUAUACCAUGAUGGGCCACGGAAGUGGUAAUAUCUCCUCUGAUUGAAGCCAGAAGGCCUAAUGACAGAGUCAUGACAGCAAGAACCAUUAGAAUGAUUGUGGACCAAUGUAUUGGGACUCUGGGUGGGAAAUCACUUCUCAAGCAGGUGAGAUUUGAAGGGCUCCAUCUGUCGCAAUGACAGAACCCAACUACCCACCCCCCCCCCCCCUCUCAACAUUCAGUGACUUUGAAGUAACCAAGAGCCCUCUCUUACACCGAGGACAAGUGACAUCUAAACCUACCUCCUUUUUUCUUGUAAAAUUCAUUAGGAGUCCCAUUUCUCAUCUAGCUUCCCUCAAUAGUUCUAUCAGGGGAGUAGGACAGAGUCUGGAAAGCUCUUGAAAGUGAGAAAAUCUUGGGGGGGAGGGGCUCAAUUCCCCUACCAUCAUCACUGGGGCUCUGCAGCCUAGGAGAUUCAAAUUCUGAUUCUGCCAGUAACUUCUGUGAGCUGAUCCCUCCAUUUCUCUGGUCCUCAGUUUUCUCAUAUGCAAAAUGUGAAUAACACUUGCUUUACCUACUUCACAUGGCUGUUGUGAGGAUUUCAUUAGAUAGGAGUAUCUGUAAAAUACUUUGCCACCAUCAGA